ACUUGAUUUUAUGAGCCUUCUCGACCAUGGAAAGAUGAAAAAUGUCAAAACUAAAUUCUUUCACGUAAAUUAUCAAAAUUCGUAAGCAUCGUAAUGAUCGAAAAAAAUGAUUCACAUCGCGAUAUGUAAAUAAUGCCUGACGAAAGAUUCAUCAUUGCCGUCAAGGCACACCAUUCAGCCAGUCUAUCGCUUGAAAAUUAUAAGAAAUAGAUUCAAAAAUAUGUAUUUGAUGGAAAUUCUUUACAAUUUGUUGAGUAAUAUCCAGAAAUAUUUUUCCAAUGAUCUAAUACUCGGUUCCUCAAAGGAAUGAAUUCCUUCUCUGGUGAAAAUAAAGAUCGAAGGAGACGUGCGAUUUUGGCGCGUGACAAUCUCAUUAAUUGGUACGCAAUUAGAUAUGGGCGCAUUCUUUGAAAAUUCGAUGUUUCUUUUUGUGGAUGACUCAGAACCCAUCUUGCCAAUCUUCCGAUCCACCAAGUGCGCCAAUACAAGCAGAGUUGUGGAAUUGGCAGAUGUCGGCUGCGAUACGGAAACUACGUUUCCCAAACAUUUUCCACAUGGUGCGUUUGAUAGACGUCGCGGAGGAGCUGAAAGCCUCGGAUCGACUCGCAGAAUCACUAAAUGGCUCAAUGACAGACCAAAUAAAUUUACUCGAAGAACUAGUGACAUAAAUAAUGAUGACGAUAGAAAUGGGAAUUACGUUCGAGGGAAAAUGCUGCAAGACAUUUGGAAUUACGAUGACGAGCCUGAUACGGAUUUCAACAAUUCGUAUACGGAGAAUCCUUAUGAUGAUUUUGAACUAUCAAAAAACGAUUUUGCAGUUGAAGAAAAUAAUCAUACCCAAUUUGUAAAUCCCCAAAAUGCAAUCGCGCAUUCUUAUAAAGAACGUAUCUCGCGAUAUGAUUACUUGAGAGAUCUCGAGUCUCCAUUUAUGCAAAGUAUUCACAUACCUCUAAGAAAGAAUGUUUCUCCGCGAUGGCUUGUCGAGAGCGACAAAAAGAAUCUCUGCAAAAUUCACGACACCGAUAUUCAAUCUGGCGAACACAAAAAACGAACAAAAAUCCUUUCGAGAUCCAAUAGAAGCUUCAAUCGCAAGGCGGAACUUGAGCAAGCUCGUGAUAUAGUGAUGUAUCGCAAACAAGAUAAUCUUCCCAAUGCCGUUGAUCCUGUUGCGCCUUCAAAACAAAUGUUUUGGGAUUUCAUUUCAUUCGAAAACGAUUCGGAAUGUGAAAAAACAACUUUUUACAAUCCAACGAAGACAAAAAAUCACAGCGAGUUGCAGAAAAUGGCGCCGCUCAGGAGAAGAUCGUACAUCUUUAAUUCACAACCGAAACACAUAGAUGUUGAUUCGGAAGGAGAAGAAUUCAAUGAAACGAUUAAAAAACACAGCCGAGAGAACUUGUUACCCAAGAUUCCAAUAAAUAGCGAGAGGUAUCGAACUUCGAAAGGUGACGCGAUGAAAGAGAAACCCAAGAUUUUGCAAUUAAAUACAUCAAACGCGAAUUCUUCACGAGGUCAAUCAACGAGGACAUCCGUUGAUGAACAAAUUUCGAACAUGUAUUUUACAGCAAAAGAUUCAAUUAACAUGAGGCCGCAUUCAACAACCGAAGAAAAGAAAAAUAAAUUUCUGAUGACUGAGAGGAGAGAAAAAAUUAUAAAUACGACUGGAACGAUCGUCAAUAAUCAUCGAUACUGCAACAAAUUCGUCAACAAGCUUUCUAAUAAUUCUCCCAAGAAAACUGGUCGUUUGACAAGAAUGUUUAAUCAUAUCGCAGACUUGUCGAGCAAUGGACGGAUAGAAGUGGAAAACAAAAGAGAUAACAUGAAUUCUUAUAGCGAAAAUAUUAGAAAUAGUAAAAUGGAUCAGAUCGAUGUGACUGUCUCGCAAUUGACACCAGAGAAAACAACGCAGAAUGAAAAGACAUUUGCUUUAAAAAUGACAAAUAUUUCCGUGCCGCGCUUGGAUGUAAAAAAAGAAAAGGAGAGGAAGUUUUUCUCUAGAUUACCCAUAAGAACGUGGAAACGCCUAAGAACAAAAGAACCUACCACAUUGCGUCCUGAGAGCGAUACAACGAACAAAGAUAAACUCCAGAAAGUGGAAAACGAAACUGCAAAAUUGAACAAUCAUACAGAGAAGACAGAAAACGAUGACGUUCACACAAAAGAUCGCGCAACCACACUAAAUAACGAUAUAAAAUGGAGCAGGCGUUUUAGAACAGGAUCGCUCAAUGUUAAUAAACCAGGAUUGACUUCCUUCGAUUUGAAGAGCAUGAAAAAAAUCAAAGACUUGAACUCGACAAGAACAUACGAGCAAUGGAAGAAGAGGACGAGCAUCAAGUAGAAAUCUCACAAAAUAUCUCGGGACAAAAAAUACAAAAUAUAAUUUAUACUUUCAAUCGAAGUCUAUAUUAAAGAUUCAAUCUUUUUCGAUUUACGUUUCGUCGGUUCAUGCCGCAAAUAGCAAUUACGUGCAGUACAGUAAUUGUGAGAGAAAUGUUUGAUACAUAUAA